GCGUACCGUUCUCGCAUACGAUUUCAGAGCACAAAGAUGUCCGCCAGCGCUAAACAUGGCGUCGACUUGGGACCCUAGCUAGUCAGGUCUCUACCGUUUUCCGCCGAAUGCCCGAAUCCCCGUUAAUGUUGCCAGUAUGCGUGCACAACUGCACAUGAAUACAUCGAGUACGUGGGGGGCCAUAGUUCUCGAGAUGGCGCUGUUGCAUCGUCUGCCGGCUUACAGAACUGAGGCUAGGCCGAAAGUGUUCACAUCUUGAUCGUGAUCCAUCGAAGAAACAUGAUACAGCUGUCCUGUCACUCCUAUCUUUGAAUUGAAGUCAUUGAAGACUCAGAGUUAAUCACACAUUGGCAAGAUGACCACUUCAUCGGAGGACGUUUUGAUGCAAGUAGGGCAAGUUCGCUACAAAAAAGGAGAUGGAACAUUGUAUAUUAUGAACGAGAGGAUAGCUUGGAUGCUGGACAAUAAAGAUACUGUCUCAGUCAGCCACAAGUAUGCGGACAUCAAAUCACAAAAAAUUUCACCCGAAGGAAAGUCCAAAAUUCAGCUGCAAGUAGUCCUGCAUGAUAACAAUCAGUCAUCGACUUUUCAUUUCGUAAACAAAAAUGGUCCAGAAGCACAGAUUCAAGAUAGGGAUAAGGUUAAGGAACUACUGCAACAGCUAUUGCCAAAAUUCAAGGUUAAAGUUAACAAGGAAUUGGAGGAGAAAAAUAGAUUAUUGCUAGAGAAUCCAACUCUUCUUCAGCUUUAUAGAGACAUGGUAAUCACGCAUGUUGUAACACCUGAAGAAUUUUGGGCCCAACAUGCUGCACAGUAUACACAAGCCAAACAGAUUCCUCGUCAAGAAAUUGGUGUGAAUAGUGCCUUUCUAGCAGAUAUCAAACCGCAAACAGAUGGCUGCAAUGGACUGAAAUAUAAUUUAACAGUUGACAUAAUAGACUGUAUAUUCAAGACAUAUCCGGCUGUAAAGAAAAAACAUCUGGAAUACGUGCCUGCCAAGAUGUCAGAAUCAGAUUUUUGGACCAAAUUUUUUCAAUCUCAUUACUUUCAUCGAGAUCGCAUCAAUGUCGGGACCAAAGAUCUAUUUACCGAAUGUGCCAAAAUCGAUGACCAAGAACUAAAAAAGGAUAUUCAAGCUGGAAUUGAUGAUCCCAUGGUAGACAUAACAGGAUUUGACAACGUUGGCUUGAAUGAAAUGUAUGAUAGUGGAUCUGGAAAGUCUGAUAAACUUUCUGGCAAUAUUGUACAUCAAAAUAUGAUCAAAAGAUUCAAUCAGCACAGCAUAAUGGUCAUGAAGGCUAACAAAACUCAACUAUCAACAAAAGAUCAGGCACAAUCAAAUGGUUCGGCAAUGCCAAAUAAAAAUGCCUCUACUAAUGAUAAAGCAAUGACUGGUUCACCAAAAUCCAAAAAGCGUCGUGUACAAGAUAAAUUGGUAUACGAGGAUCUGGAUACUAACUAUGAUGUAAAACAAAACACAGGACCACCAUUGAUACUGACGCAGGUAGAUAGAUAUUUACAUGGGCCGGUCCCAACGGCAGAAAACAAUCAUGAUUCAUCAGUUGAACAAAUCAAAAUAAUUGCGAGUCAAUUAAUGAAAGAAACUGAUAAGUGGUCAACCGUUUCUUAUUUACCGCGACAACCGUCUGCGUCAUUGGUAAGUCCUGCUGCGGCUGUGUUUGCACUAGGAGAACUAACUCCUGGUGGAUCUUUGAUGAAAGGAUUCCGCGAGGAUAACCUUGGUCAAUUAAUACCCAAAGAAUUAGAAAAAGAGCUCGCCAGCGUUUACGUGUGUACGUGCGAGUUAUUGAAACAUUUUUGGAGAAGCUUCCCACCAACGACUCCUCAACUCGAAGAAAAAGUUACAAGAAUGCACACAGCGCUGCACAAUUUUCACUCUGUGAGACUGAAACCAUUUGAGGAUCGUUUGCAGAGGGAAUUUUCGGCUGUCAGUCAGCAUCUCACAAGUCACUUGAAUCAGCUGUUAAACGCAGCGUAUAGAAAAUUCGCCCUGUGGCAACAACGAAGAGCUGGACACGCGUUGAGGUAGCCGUACAAAUAGCUAAACAUUAGCUGAGACGAGUUAGCUUACGUCCUCAAUCUCGUGCUGAUCGAGCUUCGACGCGUACAACAAGGGCUGCCUCCUCCCGUGCGUUUGCUGUCAGGAAUACUUAUACAUGGCACGUAUCACUCAUGCGUUUUCGUAUGCGGUACACCACCGCGAAGCAACGUGUAUCAUCAAAAUAAUUGUUUCUGAGCAACCUGCUGUUAUGUAUUGAUACAAAACGUGAUCACUUAAGGUCAAUCCUUCGAUUCAACUUAGGAAUAAUUUGAAAAGUUUAUAAUUUUGUAAAUGCCAUUUAUAACGACGCGGAAACAAGCGAGUGUUUGCUACCGCUUUUGAAGUAAUUUUUGAAAUAGAAAAAAGUUUUAUAUAGUCACUAAGUGAGGUUUGAUUUACCACUUGAAAACAACUUUGUUCUCUCAGUUCCUUUGAUCUCUAGCACGUAAGCUUUCGUUUUACAAUCCGACACAAUGUAUAUCACCAGUUAGAUAAAUUCUCAUCCGGAAAUUUUGGUCGAUCGUCCGGAUAAAGAAUUCGUCGAUGCGUCAUAUCAUGCACAUGCUUUGUUUUUUUCCAUAGUUAAAUAAAUAAUAUAAUAGUAUGAAACAUGCA